CCUCAAUUUAAUGUCUCCUUACUUUUAUUCCAAUUCCCGCGUCAAGUACCCGCUCUUCUUUUAUUUUUGUAUUUUUCCGCCUCUUUAUCUUCCGUUAUUUUUCCUUUUAUUGUCCAAUUCAUUGCCGACGCCGUUUAUGGCCCUUUAAAUAAUGUUAAUGGAGGAAAAGUGGAAGAUUAGCCCAAUUUUUAGAAAAAUAAGGCCAACAAACUGUCCACACACUUUUCCCCAUUUGUCUUUAAAUUCUUCCGACAAAAGUAUAGAACCUCUUGACUUACCCAUCUGCAUGUCCUUCUCAGUACUUUUUCUUUCAGGAUUUUAUUGAAUAAAAAUAAUUGAGGAAUUUACAAUUUUUAAUAUUUUCUUUUUGAUGUUGCGCGAAAUUUUGAUUUUAAUAUAUUUUUGGAGGAUUAAGCAAAACUUGGGGGUUUUUGAUUUCCUAAAUUUGAGUUUUGACUGUUUAUCGAACUGCCCUGACGAUUAUUUGGAUAUACCGUUCUUUAAAAAUAAAAUAAUUGACUUUGGAUAUAACGCCUCCUG